CUCUAGGGCCUAUCUCCGCAUCUGAAAUUGUAGAAGCACUCUUAGUGGAGCAGAGAGCGUCUGAUACUAUGGAAUUGCCGAGAGAGCUCAUUCAGGAUGUAGAGACAGAGCCUGGUCGCUACCGAGAAGCCCGCCAGUCAAUGCAUGCCGUGAUUUGGGACAAAGCCAUGUCUGAGGCGUUUGAAGGCUUGUUAAGGGCAGGAACGUUCGCGUUAGCAGUAAAGGCCCCGAUAAGCUGUAACGUGAUAGAUGCUAGAUGGGUCUACAAAUGGAUAUCAGACGAAACAGGCAAGACAGAAAAGGCCAAGGCUAGGCUUGUGGCGAAGGGCUUCGAGCAGAAGCAUGGUGUGGAUUAUCUUGAGACUUUCUCGCCUACUGCAAAUGCUGCAUCGAUUCGUUUGCUGGUAGCAUUGACAUGCAAGUACAACUUGGAAUUACUCCACUUUGACAUUGAGCAAGCGUUCUUUCAGUCGGAAUUGGAUCAUGAGGUGUUCAUGAAGUUGCCUCCUGACUGCGAGUCGAUGUCAGGAAAGGUUGUUCGUUUAGACAAGAGUUUGUAUGGACUGAGGCAGGCAUCUAGAACAUUUCACAGGAGACAAGUGUGGGACCUGAAGGCAAUUGGUUUUGAGCAGCCUCUGUUUGACCCCUGUGUUCUCCGUUUCAUAAUGGGGGACGAGGUGAUGGGUAUGGUCGCGAUUCAUGCGGAUGACAUUCUGCAUGCAGGAACUGAGAGGCUUGCCAAGAUGGUUGUGGAAGCGCUAGGUGACUCUCUUUCCACGAAGAAUUUGGGCGAGGUCAAGUUCUUUCUCGGUUGCGCAUUUAGUCGCGACCGCGAGGCUGGCACGAUUGAGAUUUCUCAAGAGAGUUACGUAAGGAGUGUUCUCGAGAGAUUCAAUAUUUAUCGCACCAGCUCGAUCUCCGCUUCCCCUGCUAAAGCUUACAGGUCCGUGAUGGAGGAUGAGGAAGCAGGGGAUGUGCCGUUCAGAGAGGUGGUGGGGAGCCUGAUGUGGAUCGCCAACCAGACGAGGCCCGACAUCUCAAAUGCUGUGCGGGCAGUGGCGAGGCACUCUCAUGAGCCAAAGACAAGCCACUGGAAGGCGGCCCAGAAGAUUCUGGAUUGUCUUCUGGAGACGGUACAUCAAACUUUGAAGUACAAGCAGGAUGAUACGGUAGAAGUAGGCACGUUGGUGUACGUAGAUGCUGACUUCGCUAGCGAGGCCACUGACCGCAGCUCAGUUUCGGGAGCAUUAGUCCCUGUAGCUGACUAUCUUGUUGCUUGGAUUUCUAGGACGCAGAAAUGUGUUUCAUUGUCCACGUCUGAAACAGAGUAUAGAAGUAUUGCGAUGGGCGAUGGUGUGAAGAAAGCUCUGUUUGUGAACGGAAUGCUAGAGUUCUAA